AUGACAGCCGGGCUGGGAGAGCGCGGCGCCCCGGGGCCCCGAGGGGCCGGGGCUGAAUGGGCGCAGUGUGGGAGCGUGGGAGGGGCCGGGCCGGCCAGCUUUGUGCCCGCGGCGCUGCGCGGAGUGAGCUUGGCGCGUCUCCAGCAGCCGGGGUCAGUGCGGGAGGAACGCCCCGCAAAAGCCCGCCGCCCCCGGGCCUGCCCUGCGCGGGUGCCAGCGAAGAGGGCCUGGGGGCUCCAGAACCCGCAGUCCGCAGAGAGCAAACCCAGACCCGAGAUUCAGCUGGACAGAGGUCCCUGCCUUCGUGACCCUGAGCCAUGGGGCCCGCCCGUGCCUCCCUCUCCGCUCACGCCGGGGGCCCCGGAGGAAGCCGAGGCCGCCGUGUGCUGCCGAGCGGCCGUGCCCGCGGCACUGGCCACCUGCACGCCCCUGCUGUCGGCCCAGGGCGUCCGCGUGGAGCACACGGCCGAGCUGCGGGGCCUCCGGUUCGCCAGCAGCCUGCGGCACGAGGCCUCGGACUACCACCGCGCGCUGACGGCCGCGCUGGAGACGCUGUUUGUAAAGAGCUUUCGGAAGACAGAGCUGGAGAGCAGCUGCGUGGGCUGCACGGUGCUGAGUUACGGGGACGGGAACGCCAGCGUCCUCGUGCAUUUCCAACUGCACUUCCUGCUGCGAGCCCUCUGGCCACUGAGCCUGGGGCUGGAGGCGGAGCUGCUGCAGCAGGGCCUGCGGGCCCAGCUGCGGGGACACGGCGUGCUCCUGGCCCCCUACGGCACCAUCAAGGCCGCCGAGCUCACGGGAAGCCGUCGGGGGCCGUGGACACGCAGGGACUCAAACUCAGGUGGGUUUUGCAGCCAAAGGGGGCGGGGCCGCUGCCCCGGGAGCGCCUUCUCCUGCGGGAACGGCCAGUGCGUGGCCAAGGUGAACCCGGAGUGCGACGACAGCGUGGACUGCGCGGACGCAUCGGACGAGGCGCACUGCGACUGCGGCCGGCAGCCCGGGCGGAGCUCGGCGGGCAGGAUCGUGGGCGGCGUGCAGGCGGCGCCCGGGGAGUUCCCCUGGCAGGCCAGCCUGCGCGAGGGCAAGGAGCACUUCUGCGGCGCCGCUGUGCUGGGGGCGCGCUGGCUGCUGUCCGCAGCGCACUGCUUCAACGAGUUCCAGGAGCCCGGCGAGUGGGUGGCCUACGCGGGCUCCACGCGCCUCAGCGGCUCGGAGGCCAGCACGGUGCGGGUCCGCGUGGCGCGGGUCGUCAAGCACCCGCGCUACGACCCCGACACGGCCGACUUCGACGCGGCGCUGCUGGAGCUGGCGGGGCCGCUGCGCUUCGGCCGCUACGUGCAGCCCGUGUGCCUGCCGGCCGCCGCCCACGCCUUCCCGCCCGGCAGGAAGUGCCUCAUCUCCGGCUGGGGCUACCUGCGGGAGGACUUCCUGGUCAAGCCGGAGGUGCUCCAGAAAGCCACGGUGGAGCUGCUGGACCAGGCCCUGUGCGCCGGCCUCUACGGCCACGCGCUCACCGACAGGAUGCUGUGUGCCGGCUACCUGGACGGGAAGGUGGACUCGUGCCAGGGAGACUCGGGGGGCCCGCUGGUGUGCCAGGAGCCCUCGGGCAGGUUCUUCCUGGCCGGCAUCGUGAGCUGGGGCAUCGGCUGCGCGGAGGCGCGGCGGCCCGGGGUGUACGCGCGCGUCACCAGCCUCCGACACUGGAUCCUGGAGGUGACGGGCGGGAUGCCCACGGCGGCUCCUGCUCCCAGCAGCCCCGACGCCCCCACGGGACCCACGCCAGCCCCCGGCCCUGCGCCUCCAGGCUCAGCCACCACGCCGAAGCCACGAGGGUGCGGGGCCAGGCCCGCCAUGGAGAAGCCGACGCGGAUCGUGGGCGGGCUGGGGGCGCGGCGGGGGUGGGGCGGACUGUCCCCCAGUGCGCCCCGGGCGUGUCGCGCCGUCGGGCUCGGGGGAGAAGUCGGCCACGGCGCGUCGGCGCGCCUCCGCGUCCCCCUCAACCACACCAGGGUGGAGCAGGUGCGCGCCCACCUGGGCACGGCGUCCCUGCUGGACGUGGGCGGCAGCCCGGUGAAGGUGGGGCUGCGCCGCGUGCUGCUGCACCCCCAGUACGACGCCAGCGUCCUGGACUUCGACCUGGCCGUGCUGGAGCUCGCCAGGCCCCUGGUCUUCAACGAGCACAUCCAGCCGGUGUGCCUCCCGCCGGCCACGCAGCAGUUCCCCGCCGGCCGCAAGUGCGUCAUCUCGGGCUGGGGGAGCACGCGGGAGGGCAACGCCAGCAAGCCCGACACGCUGCAGACGGCGUCCGUGGGCAUCGUGGACCAGAGGACCUGCAGCGCGCUCUACAACUUCUCCCUCACCGACCGCAUGGUGUGCGCCGGCUUCCUGGAGGGCAAGGUGGACUCCUGCCAGGGCGACUCGGGGGGCCCCCUGGCCUGUGAGGAGGCGGCGGGCGUCUUCUACCUGGCCGGCAUCGUGAGCUGGGGCGUGGGCUGCGCGCAGGCGCGGAAGCCGGGUGUGUACACGCGCAUCACCAGGCUCAAGGGCUGGAUCGUGGAGGCCAUGUCCUCCGCCUCCUGGCCCCCGGCCCCCUCCGGGACCACCAGGCAGCCGAGCACCACCGGCCCUCCCCCGGGGACGACGGCUGCCAGGGCACCGACGCCCCACGCGGCCACGCCGGGGACCGUCACCCGCUCCCAGCUGCCAGACUGCGGCCUGGCCCCGGCGGCCACGCUGACCAGGAUCGUGGGCGGCAGCGCGGCGGGGCGCGGCGAGUGGCCGUGGCAGGCGAGCUUGCUGCUCCGGCGCCGGGAGCACCGCUGCGGGGCCGUGCUGGUGGCCGACAGGUGGCUGCUGUCCGCCGCGCACUGCUUCGACGCCUACCCCGACCCCAGGCAGUGGGUGGCCGUCCUGGGCACGCCGCUGCUGGGCGGCGCCGAGGGGCAGGUGGAGCGCGUGGCGCGCAUCUACAAGCACCCCUUCUACAACCUCUACACGCUCGACUACGACGCGGCGCUGCUCGAGCUGGCCGGGGCGGCCCGCCGCAGCCGCCUGGUGCGGCCCAUCUGCCUGCCCGAGCCCGCGCCGCGCCCGCCCGGCGGCGCGCGCUGCGUCAUCACCGGCUGGGGCUCGGUGCGCGAGGGAGGCGCCAUGGCGCGGCACCUGCAGCAGGCGGCCGUGCGCGUGCUGAGCGAGCAGACCUGCCGCCGCUUCUACCCGGUGCAGAUCAGCAGCCGCAUGCUGUGCGCCGGCUUCCCGCAGGGCGGCGUCGACAGCUGCUCGGGUGACGCCGGGGGUCCUCUGGCCUGCAGGGAGCCCUCCGGCCGCUGGGUGCUCACGGGGGUCACCAGCUGGGGGUACGGCUGCGGCCGGCCCCACUUCCCCGGGGUCUACACCCGGGUGGCGGCGGUGAGAGCCUGGAUCGCGCAGAACAUCCACGAGUGACCGCCUGCCCCGUGCAAUAAACA